AUGUGGAGAACACUGUCAAGUGCACUCCGUUCCGAAAGAAAAAUAUGUAUUACUGUUGCUUCAAGUGGCAUAGCUUCAUUAUUAUUACCAGGUGGAAGAACUGCCCAUUCAAAGUUCAAAAUUCCAGUUCCGACUCUUGACAACUCUACGUGCAAUAUUGACAAGAAUACCGAGCAUGCACAGUUACUUCAAGCAACUGAUGUGAUCAUAUGGGAUGAAGCACCCAUGGCACAUAAAAAUUGCUUUGAGGCAUUAGACAAAACACUUAAAGACCUCAUGAAUCAGAAUGGUCGGUCGGGAAGAAUAUUUGGAGGCAAAGUUGUUGUAUUCGGCCGAGAUUUCCGGCAUAUUCUUCUUGUUGUUCCAAGAGCUUCCCGUUCAGAUAUUGUGCAUGCAUCAAUAUUCUCAUCUUAUGUGUGGGAUCACUGCAAGGUCCUGACUCUAACCAGAAAUAUGAGGCUUAGGAAUGAUAAAGGCAAUAAGAACAGCCAUUUUGAAGAUCCCAUACAAGCCAUCAUUGAAAGCACGUACCCGAAUUUGUUGCAAAAUCAUACCCGUCCUGAUUAUUUGCAAGGCAAAGCAAUUCUUGCAUCAACAAUUGAAGUUGUUGACAAAAUCAACCAUUAUAUUUUGAACCUAAUUCCAGGGGAAGAAAAGGAAUAUUUGAGUUUUGACGAGAUAGACAAGACCGAUGCGACAUACACUGAAGCUUAUGAAGUUCUAACACCAAAAUUUUUGAGUAAUCUAAGAACAUUCGGUCUACCGAAUCACAUUCUCAAAUUGAAGGUUGGUACACCAAUUAUGUUGAUGAGAAAUUUAGACCAAUCUCAAGGAUUGUGCAAUGGCACAAGACUUAUUGUUACAAGGUUGGCCAAUCAUGUCAUUGAAGCAAGAAUUAUUUCUGGCAAAAAUAUAGGUAACCUCUUUUACAUUCCUCGAAUGUCUAUGUCGCCUUCAGAGUCUCCUUGGCCAUUUAAGUUAAUUAGACGACAAUUUCCAAUAAUUGUCUCUUAUGCUAUGACAAUUAAUAAAUCACAAGGUCAAUCUCUUGAUACCGUCGGACUAUAUUUGCCUACUCCGGUCUUUAGUCAUGGUCAAUUAUAUGUUGCCAUAUCUAGAGUUACCAACAAAAACGGUUUAAAGAUAUUGAUUCAUGACAACGACAAUGUUCCGCUGUCGACGACUACAAACGUCGUGUACAAGGAAGUUUUUCAAUCACUUUGUUAA